GCUCGCAGGACGCUGAUGACAAGAGAUAAGUAAAAGGCGAUCUCCAGUGCAAGGAAGAGAGCAGAACAACAACAUCGAAAAGCGACUACCUGCGCAUGCCACUAACUUUGGAAAGCAGCACAGCUCGAGAGCUACAAGGGGAAGAGGCUUUUACGCUUACAUUUCAGAAAAAAAAAAAAAAAAAAAAAAAAAAAAACUUGGACACGCAGUUUCCUGAAACACUUUUGCAACGGUUUUGUUUAAGACCCACUCUAAAGUGGUAACAGACAAUUCGCGGUUUCAAGGGUUUCUAUUUUUUAUUAACCAAAAGGAGGAAACCUCAAUUUUUUAGUUUUAAGUUCCCAAAGGACUUUGUAAAUGACGGCAGAAGUUCAACAACCUUCUUCCCAGACCCCUGCCCAGAGCAGCCCUAUGUCUGCAGCUACGGAAAAGCUGAACGGACAGACCUCUGUGAUGGAAAGCGCCUCUUCUACCACCAAAACCAAGAAGACCAAUGCUGGAAUCAGACGGCCAGAGAAGCCCCCUUAUUCCUAUAUCGCUCUGAUAGUGAUGGCAAUUCAGAGCUCUCCUUCUAAAAGGCUCACACUGAGUGAGAUCUACCAGUUUCUCCAAAGUCGCUUUCCUUUUUUCAGGGGUUCAUACCAAGGAUGGAAGAAUUCAGUGCGUCACAAUUUGUCCCUAAACGAGUGCUUUAUCAAGCUGCCGAAGGGUCUUGGCAGACCGGGGAAGGGUCACUAUUGGACCAUUGACCCCGCCAGCGAAUUCAUGUUUGAGGAAGGUUCAUUCCGAAGAAGGCCACGUGGCUUCAGGCGAAAAUGCCAAGCGCUCAAACCCAUGUACAGUAUGAUGAAUGGACUCGGGUUCAACCAUAUUCCCGAAUCCUACAACUUCCAGGGUACCGGGGGCUCUCUCUCCUGCGCGCCAAACAGUCUGUCUUUGGAAAGUGGCAUUGGCAUGAUGAACGGGCAUUUAGCAGGCAACGUGGACGGGAUGGGUUUAGCAGGACACUCUUUGUCACAUUUACCGGCCAACACUGGACAUAACUACAUGGGAAGCUGUACAGGACCUUCGGGAGGGGAUUACUCCCACCACGACAACCCGGUGCCAGCCUCGCCUUUGCUCACCGGCGGGGGUGUGAUGGACCCUCACUCGGUGUACUCAAGCUCGGCCUCAGCUUGGGCACCCACAGCUUCAGCAUUGAAUAACGGGGCAUCCUACAUCAAACAGCAGUCCCUGUCACCUUGCAAUCCCGGGGCAAACCCUUUGCAACCCAGCCUGCCGACACACUCCUUGGACCAAUCUUACCUUCAUCAAAACGGCCACAAUACCACAGACUUGCAAGGUAUCCCGCGGUAUCAUUCCCAGUCACCCAGUAUGUGUGACAGGAAGGAGUUCGUCUUUUCUUUCAACGCCAUGACUUCAUCGGCAAUGCAUUCGGCUGGAAGUGGCGCGUACUAUCACCAGCAGGUCGCUUACCAGGACAUCAAACCGUGCGUCAUGUGAUGGCGCGUUGGACCACAACAACACAAACACAUUCUAACGUAGAGGAAGCCACUAAAACUGUUCUAUAAAACUGACAAACAAAAGGGCGCAUGGGCUCCCGAGAACCGCUUAAUAACAACAUCCCCUGUUCUAGACACAACAAAAAUAAUCCAGUCAAACAACGGGAAACCAGUUCAAAAUCUAAGGAAGGUGAGAAAACCUUGAGCAAUAUUUGUACAAAAUACCAACGUUAUCACAUGCAUGUAUUAAACACACACACACACACACACACACACACGCUCCAAAAAAACAACUUUAUGAAGACUGAAAAUCUUAGGCAUCAGAAUGUCAUAUCAUCUGUGCUGCUGCGUGCUUACCAAAAAGACUGGUAAAACUAAGUGUAUAUUGUAAUACACCAACUACUGCAACCAGGAUUUAGUACUACUCAACUCUGCUGGCGGAUAACUACACUGUUGUUGUACUUGUAUUGUGUUACACUGUCCGAUUUUAAUGGAGACACUGCGAACUGAACUUUUUCGUUUAACCAUUUACAGUGUAACUGUACGAGUUUACGGAGACUCGGUGCUGAAGCUAUUUCAAUGCUUACU